AUGGCCACCACUAUCUCGCACGAUCUCGCCUGGGAGGUUACCAAGGGACACAGCGCUACGCUUGUCAAGAGGGCGAAUGGUGUGCAGUUCUCGCGCGAUCCUCUGAACCUGAGGAACAUCUACAGCCGCAAGAAUGAGGGCCAGAUCGCCAACAAGGCCAUCGGUGUCAUUCCCGGUAAGGAGGGCGGCGUCACCCUCCUGGUCAAGAAGGCCGACAAGCACCACCAGCCCGCCACCUCGAUCCAGACCGUCACCUUCGGUCCCCAGCGAUCCACCCGCAAGACCUACUCCGCCAUUGUCAACUCCACCACCAAGCGCAACUACCGCCCCGACCUCCGCAAGGACGCCGUCGCCCGCGCCUCGGCCAUCCGCAAGAGCCAGAAGCCCGUCAAGGCGGACAACAAGCCAACGAAGCUGCGAGGAGCCAAGGCCAAGGCCGCAGCCCAGAAGGAAGAGGCAUAG